AUGAUCAAGACCAGCUCCCGGCCUCUCCGGCUGCGUGCGAAACACCCCAGCCAACAGCUCCCCAGCCUGCAGCUUCCCCACACACCCAGGCAGCUACGCUGGUAUGCCCAACCUAAGACGAGGCCUCCGACAGCCAUCUUCUUCCCAGGCCAAGGCGUCCAACGCGUCGGCAUGAUCCAGCCCUGGCUCGAAGCCUUCCCCUCAACCGUGAAACCCAUCCUCUCCGAGAUCGACGAGAUAGUCAAAUAUCCGCUCACCAAAGUGAUCGCCGAAGGUACCAAUGCCGAACUCACCGCAACCGAGAACGCCCAGCCGGCCAUCAUGGCCACAUCAAUAGUGAUCUUGGCCGUCCUGGAGAAGGACUUCGGAUUCAAGGUUGACGAGAGAGUGGAUUACACGCUCGGCCACUCGCUCGGGGAGUUCGCGGCCCUCGUGGCCGGCGGAUACCUCCAAUUCGCCGAUGGUCUGAAACUCGUCCGGAGGAGGGCGGAGGUCAUGGCCCGCGUGUCGCACGAAGCGAGCCGCGAAAUCGGCGGCGAGGUCGGCAUGGUAGCGCUCGUUGCUUCGGACGAGACUAGCAUGAACACGCUCAUUCACGAUAUACACGAUUUCCUCGGUCACGGGUCGGCGGGCUCGAAGCAGGACUCUGCACAUCACGUGCCGCCUGUCGAGCAGGUACUCAUCGCGAACAUCAACAGCAAGAAUCAAAUCGUGCUGAGCGGGAGCAUCGAGAAGAUCAAGGAUCUGCUGACGCAUUUGAGGCAAUUCGGUGGGCAUGAUCCGAGGCAUGUCCGGCUGAAGAGUGACAGUCCGUUCCACAGCCCGUUGAUGAAGCCGGCGGAAGAUCUUAUGAAGAAGAUGCUGCAUACGCCGGGCAAGGACGGAAAAGACAUAGUCACCUUUCCCGGAACAAUCCCGUGUGUCUCGAACGUCACUGCCGUUCCCUUCAAAUCGAAGGAGCAGCUAAAAGAUCUUCUUGCAAGGCAGGCCACAGCGACGGUAAGGUGGUGGGAUUCGGUCAGGUACCUGCAUCAAGAACAGAAAGUGAGGAGGUGGAUCGGUAUCGGUCCUGGAAAGGUCGGUAGGAACUUGGUGGGUAAAGAGGUGGGAAUGAAGGGGGCAGGAAAGGGAGGCGGUGUAUGGGGCGUCACAGAUCCAAAGGACAUCGAGGAGAUCCUGCGAGCACUCGAGGAGACUGAAGGGGCGCAAAUCGAGUGA